UUUGACAGCAGUCGACAGCACUGGAUGCCCGAUCAAUUGUGUAAGCAAUGCUAUUCAUGCGAUAUGCAGUUUACUGUUUUUCGAAGGCGUCAUCAUUGUCGACUUUGUGGACAAGUCUUUUGCAACUCGUGCUCGGCUUUCUUUGUAGAGUCGCAAAAGUCAAAGUCAACUAUUCGUGUUUGUCAAAUGUGUUUUGAUCAGGUCAAU